AGGAAGUCGGAGGCUUUUCUUGCUAUUAUGCAUGCACAGUCAUACAAGCAGUGCAUGCUUUCAAACUUUCACUGCACAUCUGUCCAUCACUGCACGGGCUAGGCACCAAGCCAGCAGCAGAAUUCCUACGAGUCUGUGCAGCUCCCACACGUUUACAGCACUAGGACCCUGAGGGAGCUUGAUUUCUGUGAGUCAGUGCAGCUAGCUGAGCCCUGAGAGCAGUGAAUGAGGCUGGGAAGGCAGAGGGAAUGUGAAUGGCUCUUCUGGCUUGGGAAAGUAUCCGCAGACCGGGGUGCUACAGACUACAAAACAGCCUGGACAGCCCUCCGGAUUCCCGUCCCCUCUAAGUUGAACACUGAGUAAGCAACUCCCAGACUCAGCUACGCAGCCAAACUGGCCCGAUGGCAUGCUGCAACAACCCCAGCUCAGCAUCUGGAUGAAAUAAAGAGCUUUCUCAGGAGCAGCUUUUCGUGCAAUAUACACAGAGGUGCAUAGCGUAAUGUCCAUGCUGUACUACACUCUGAUUAUAGCUUUUUUGAUCGGCACACAGGCAGCUCCAAAGUCAGAGGACAAUGGUCCACUGGAGUAUCCUGCAGAACACUCCUUACCCAGUACACAACAGAGUAACGGACAGCACAUUUCCAAGGCAGCCCCACAGACAAGCCACGGCCGCUUUGCUUGGAUGCCAGAUGGAACGGAAGAUUUAAAUAUCGCGAUGGACCAAAAUUUCUUUAAGAAGAAGCAUUUCCGGUCUUCUCGGGUCCUGUUCAGCACGCAGCCACCUCCAGUGUCGAGGAAAGGACAGAAUACGGGAUUUCUCAGCAGCGCAGUCUCUCUCAACAGGACUGCCAGGACCAAGAGGACUGCACAUCCCGUACUGCACCGGGGAGAGUUCUCAGUGUGUGACAGUGUCAGCAUGUGGGUCGGGGACAAAACCACAGCCACUGACAUCAAAGGCAAAGAGGUGACCGUGCUGGGAGAGGUCAACAUUAACAACAACGUUUUUAAGCAGUACUUUUUCGAGACCAAGUGCAGGGACCCUAGGCCAGUGUCCAGCGGGUGCCGAGGGAUCGAUGCGAAGCAUUGGAACUCUUACUGCACCACAACACACACCUUCGUCAAAGCACUGACCAUGGAGGGCAAGCAAGCAGCCUGGAGAUUCAUCCGGAUUGACACAGCCUGUGUUUGCGUGCUCAGCAGGAAAUCGGGGAGACCCUGAGACGGAGCUGAACCCCACAACAACAUCCUCCUAUCCCCCUACCUCAGCCUGUAAAUUAUUUUAAGUUAAAAAACAAAAAAAAGGACUGCAUGGUGUAUUUAUAGUUUAUACAAUACAAAAAGAACCUCGUUAUUUAUUAAACUCUUUUGGAAACCUU